UUACGGUUGUAUCCAAGGAAAUUGUAUAUAAAUUGUCUAAAAACAAAAAAGUUAAAAAUGGGUGAAAUAAAUAUUGGAAUCAAAUAAAUAACGCUAAUACUAUUUUAAAUUGAUGCUAUUUACCUAAUAAAUAUUAAUAAAGUUGUCGGAACAUACGAUGAGUGUGGGAAAAUACAAUCCUUCUGUGAGAGUUGGAAACUGGAAUGAAGAUUUGUGUUUGGAAGAGGAAAUGUUAAAAGAUUUUUUGGAUAAAAGAGAAAAUGGUGAACUACUUGCUUUCAAAAGAAAAAAUUUGUUUUUAAAACUGUUGCAACAUGUUAAACUUACUCAAAACGAUGAUGAAAAAGUCAGAUUUGGUGAUGUUAUUUGUUUACACAAUGUUUUUAUUAAAGAAAAUCUUUCAAUUAGCAUGUCUGAAAGUCAGCUUCAAGAUUCUGAUAUAGUUAACUGUAGUGUUUCUGUAUCACCAAUCUUGCAACCAUGCUUUAGAAAUGCUUUUGUUGUAACAAGCUAUGAUAGAGUCAAUAAAACUGGAGAUUUGUUAUGUUAUGGUCAAAGUUUUGUUUUAAGUGCACUUCCAAAUCAACUUCCAAAUAUUGAAAAUCUCAAGUUAACAAGUAAUCCAGUGACAUUUAUGAAACACUCCAAAAAAUUUCCAUAUCAAGAGGUUUCCAUGGCAUCAACUUCUACUUAUCUUAACAAUUGGCAAGUUUUACAUCAUGAUCCUCAAAUGAGAUUAGAAACAGAGGGAUUUCCCAUAAAGGUUAAUGAAAAGAUUGUUAUAAAGCACUGUUACACAAAUAGAGCUUUGGCUGCAGUAUCUGAUUAUACAACAAGAAAUACGUUUUCUUUGGGCCUGUUUUGGGUUGGGCAGCAAAUGACGUGGCGAGAUUGCAAAGCUUGAAGGUACAGUGGUUGAUGUGCUAGGCCUACAUGAAGUUGAAGGUUCAGUGGCGGAUGUGCUACCGGUACAUGAAGUGGAAGGUUCACACCCCAUUUUACCCCAACAUAGGAGGCAUAAUAAAACUGUUCGAAAAAACAAAGCAGAGCAAAGCUCAUGAAUAUAUAAGAGUCUUAAUUACUUAAUAUAUAAUAUCAUUCAGGAACAAUAAUAUGUUUAAUUCAAAGCUUUAAUUACAAAGAAGCUGCUUCUUAAAAUAUAAUGUUAAAAAAUAAGAUGAAAAAGUUGACAAAAUUGUAUCUACCUCUCAACGACGAUACUUGAAGAAAACGUGAACAAAAGUAAAAGAUGGCGACGUCUCUUCUCGCGAUAUUUCAAAUCCAAUAUUUUUUUCGAUGCUCUUAGGCUCUGAAUGGGGUGUAUUUUCAAAACCCCAUUUUGCCCCACUACCCCAUUUUAUCCCAGUUUCCCCUACAUUUAAUGACUAUAUGAAACAGUAAAAUCCUGUUAACUCUGACUCUCAAGGAAGGGCCGUAACGUGAUUUUUAGGGUAUUCGUUUUGGAAAAAAAAAGGCAUUUUAGAGUAAGUAAACUUACCUUUUUCUCAAUUUUUACAUCAAAAUUUGUACUGACAAUCUUUUGUCAAAAGGUUUACACAGCUAUACCCCAAAUCCUGAUGAGACUUUUAAUCGAAUAAUCUGGAAAUAAUGCCCCAAAACGCAUUUUGUUUCAAAAAGUGUUUUCAAACUUUUAGAGUUAGUUGUUUUCUCAGCAGUUAUAUCUUUUAAUAGAUGUUACGUUUCGCAUAACGAAACUUUUCAACAACUUGGAUUUCAUUGUGGAAAAUAUUUCCUUCUCGGUGCAGUUAAAAAAGACAACAAUCGCAUCAUUCAUAUGGAAAGGAAAAAAAAAAGAAGUAACAAAAUCAACGAGGAAAAAUUGAGAGGUAUAAGAAAAGGACUUAGCAAUGAUUCCUAUGUGUCUGGAAAUUUUUUAAGAUAUAUAUUGUUAAAGUUG